AUGGCGUCUUCAGCAUGGCUUGACAUGAUCGUGGCCGGGGUUCUCGGAGACAACCCAGUAACAACAGUUCAGAGUCCGCUGUCGGUUGAUGAAGAAUCCAUGUGGCUGCCGGCAUCCCCUCACGCUCACGUGGCCGUGUUCGCUCAACUGAUUUCGACCUUCUGCUUGUUGACUCACACCGUCUUGAUCCGGCCUUGGAGACGACAACCAGCAAUCCAACUCGUUCGACCCUUUGGAAGAAGCCGGCUUUUUGAAAUCGCCCUCCAAAUCUGCAUCGCGGCGUACUGCGUCCGCGGUCUGAUACUCUUGCAACAACGAGCCGAGUCGCGAGUGCAGACGCAUAUCACACUCCUCCUCUCUACUUCAUGCCUCGGGGCCCUGUCCAACGUCGUGGGCCUCCUCCUCGGCCAGCCCUCGACAGCCAGAGGCGUCUACCACCUACUCGGCUCGUUGACAUGGGCCUUUUUCGACUCCUCCUCUCUGCCUCGACCCCCUCUCCCACUGGACUGGCUGUUCCCCUGGAUCCUGGCUGCGACGUCUCUCCUCGACGUCUUCCACGCCGGUCCCGGCUCUUCUCGACCAAAGGGGACGACGGUGCCCUCCAGCUCGACACAGAGCAGCAGCCUGGUAGAGAAGCUGUCGUACAGCUGGCUGGGCCGCAUCAUCCAAGUCCAGGACGUCCUCCGCCUGGACGACCUCCCGGAGAACCCGGCGCUCGCUCCGUCAGAAGAGUACGAGGCACGGCUCGUCGAAGCCGCCGCCGCCUGUUCCUCGCCCGACAAGGCCGCAACAAACCUGUACUGGCGCUUCAUCGCGCGCGAACACCGCCGCCAGCUCGUCGUCAGCACCCUCCUCCGCCUCGCCUGCGACGCCUCCCUCUUCGCGAUCCCCUGGCAGCUCCAGCGGCUGCUGACCCGCCCCACGGCCGCCAGCGUCAUGGCCAUGUUCUGCUCCCGCGUCCUCGGCGCCCUCGCCGGCAACUUCAGCGGCUAUCACCUCCGGAGGCUCGCCGUGCAGUACCGGAGCGCCCUCUCGUCGGCGCUUCACCGGAAGACGCUCCGCCUCGGCGACUUCAGCCCCGCCGGUGACGACGCGCCCGUUGCCGACCUCUCGACCCUCGCCGAGGUCGACACCCUGGUGCUCUUCCGCAGCGCCCAGAGCUUUCCCGACGUAUGGAACAUGCCGGUCCAGGUCGCUCUCUGCCUGGGCGGCUUGGCUGUUCUGCUGCCUUACCCGGCCUUCAUCGCUAUCCUUGUUCUAAUCGCAAUCAUGUUUCCCGUCCUGAGCCUCCUCCUCCGGUCCAUGGCCGUCUGGAUCUCGAGCAACCUGGCCGCCAAGGACGCCCGCGCGAAGCUGCUGGCCGAGGUGCUCGAGUCGAUACAGGGCAUCAAGAUGCAUGCGUGGGAGCCCGUCUUCGUCCGGUCCAUCGCCGAGCGGCGCGCCAGGGAGCUCGAGACCCUGCGGAACGCCGCCGUGUCGGCCUCCGGGCUGGUCGCCUACAUGCAGACGAUGCCGUCCGCCCUGACGCUGGCCGCCUUCGGCGUCGUCCUCCUGAUGCGCCGGCCGCUGACCAACGAGCUCGUCUUCGCCGCCAUCAUGCUCUUCACCAUGCUCAACGCAACCCUGGGCCAGAUUUCCAGCCUGGCCUCGACGGUGCAGAGCGUCCACGCGUCCAGCAAACGCAUACAGGCGUACCUGAGCUUGUCCGAGACCAAGAUUGCCGCCGCUGGCCGGGGGCUGCUCACGCAGACAUCGACCACCCGGAGCUGGUCCCCGGACAUGCCCAUCCUCUCGCACGACGACUUGGAGGUGGGCUGGCCCGACGCGGCCGCGCCGCUUAUAAGAAACGGCUCCCUGUCCAUCGGCCCCGGCGAGCUCACCAUCAUCACGGGGGCCAUGGGCUGCGGCAAAUCGACCCUACUGCUCUUCCUCUGCAGACACAUGGAGCGGGCGAGGAGGCGGCACUCGAGCCACCCAAAGAUCGCCUACGUCGGCCAGAAGCCCGUCCUGGUCCGCGGCAGCAUCCGCGAUAACAUCCUGUUCGGGAGGCCUUACGACGCGCAGCGGUACGCCCAGAGCGUCAGGGCCUGCUGCCUCCAUGUCGACUUUGCGCGGCUCCACGACGGCGACGGCACCGUCAUCGCCGGCUCGUCGGCCUUGUCCGGCGGCCAGUGCGCGCGCAUCUGCCUCGCCAGGGCGGCGUACUCGCGGGCCGACGUCUACCUGCUCGACACCCCCCUUGCGGCGCUGGACGUCAGGGUGGCGAGCCAUAUCACACACCAUCUACUGGGUCCUGGUGGGCUACUCGAUGGAUCGACGAGGGUCGUCUGCACCUCUCACGCGCUGCUGGUACGCAAAGCCGACUCCUUGUACGAGAUCGCAGGCGGCACGAUACGGAACGCGUUGGGCAAUGGUCAUGUCCAGCUCGUCGAUGGCGCCGAGGAGCCGACGAAUGCUGCGUUGGAGGCCGAUAUGGGGGAGGCGAACAUGUCGGAUACUCUCACAUCUCUCACCAAGCCUAUACUGACUGACCUUGGACUUGCCCAGAUGCCUCUUGUCCGCGUUGCCGAGGCUGAAGUCGUAGCACACGAACCUAUCCCGGAUACUCCCCAACCCAUCAUCAUCCAUGAGAAGCCGCCCGCACCCUCAGCCCAGAACAGCCCGCUGCUCGCCUACUUGUCUUCGGCCAGAAGAUUCGGGUGGCCCAUCGCAAUCUCCAUACUCCUCCUGGCUCGGGCCUCGUCCGUCAUGGGCACCUACGUCCUCAAGAUAAUGGCCGCCCGGGUCGAUCGGGUCACCCUCCUCCCCUGGGACCUCCUCCUCCUCUUCGCCGUAUUCUCCGCAAGCCAGGCCGCCCUCUUCUUCCUCUUUGUCCACCUCCUCUACCGGCUCUGCAUCGUCCCGGCCGCCUCCGCGCUGCACGGCAGGCUCACCUCCGGCGUUCUCCUCCGCGACCUGUCCUUCUUCCAGGCCACGCCCCCGGGCCGCCUCCUGAACCUCUUCACCAACGACGUCGCCCGCGUCGACGGCUCCCUGAACGCCUCCAUCGCCUCCCUCGCCGGCCAGUUCGUCAACCUGGCGCUCUCGUGCGGCGUCCUCGUCGCCGCCAUGCCCGCCAGCGUCCUCUUCGUCGCGCCGCUGCUGGCCGCGUGCUACGCCCUGCAGCAGACGUACCUCGCCAAGCUGCGGGAGCUCCGCCACCUCGACGCCGAGAGUCGCGCGCCGCUCCUCGACCACCUCCAGGAGGCCGAGCGCGGCCGCGUCCUCUUCUCCGCACACGGCGUCCUCGAGGCCCGCGCCGCGGCGUUCGGCGACCUCGUCGCGCGCAACGUCCGCGCCCUCUGGCCGCUGUCGUGCAUCGACCUCUGGCUAGGCGUCCGGCUCGAGGUGCUGUCCGUCGUCCUGCAGGUCGCCGCCCUGGGCCUCCUGCUGGCCGGGGCCGCCGAGCCGGGCGUGCUAGGGUUCGUCAUGACCUACGUCUUCCAGGUCACCGGCACCCUAAGCAACAUCGCCAAGAUCAGCGCCCAGUUCGAGGCGGACGCCGUCUCCGUCGCCCGCAUUGCCGAGUACUCCUUCGCCGUCGCCGUCGACGGGAAAGAAGACGGUUUCCCGGCCGAUCGUGACGGGUCGACGCCGUAUUCGGACAGCGAUCCGGCUCCGGCUUGGCCACAGUUUGGCAGAGUCGAGUUCCGGGGCGUGAGUGCCAGUUACCAGCCGAGCCUGCCGGAUUCUCUCCAGUCAGUCAGCUUCACCGUCAAACCGGGAGAGAAGGUCGCCGUCGUGGGACGGACCGGCGCCGGCAAGUCCUCAAUGGUGAUGUGUCUGCUGCGACUGAUGCACCAGACGGCCGGGGAGACCCUCAUCGAUGGCGUCGACAUUGCGGACGUGACGACUGUGCGACUCCGCCGGAGCCUGGCUCUCAUGCCUCAGACCCAGAUUGUCUUCUCCGGGUCUAUCCGCCAAAAUCUCGAUCCGCUGGGCCUGCAUCAUGAUGAAGAAAUCUUGGAUGCGUUGGGAGUUUGCGGCGGGCCAGCCAUCACCGACAAGCUUUCGGGGAUUAAAGACUCGGAAGAAAUACCAUUACUUGAUACCAUCGUGGGCCCCAACAUAAAUCUGUCCAAGGGCGAGCUCCAGUUGCUUCUCCUUUCUCGGGCAGUCCUUCAGAAAUCCACGAUUCUCAUCUUAGACGAAGCGACCUCGGGAAUGGACGCUGAGGCCGAGGCCCGGUGCCACGAUAUCAUUUGCGAGAACCUGAGAGACACCACCACGUUGGCCAUCUUGCAUCGACUGGACUUGACCCUUCGUUACGACAAGGUUCUCGUUCUCGAGCGCGGCAGAGUCGUCGCGUUCGACACGCCCGCGGCGCUGCUGGCCCAGGGCCAAGGCCCCUACUUUUGCAUGGUGCAAGAGGAUCCAACCCUUAUGGCGAGGGCGAAGCAUUUAUUUGGGCUGGAGUGA